UCCCUCUGACUGAGGCAGUGGUGUACACCUACCCCUCGUCCUGCUGCCGACCAGAGGGGAGUGGAGCCGGCAGAGGCAGGUAGCAGCAGCAUCGGCAGCAGCCCCGGCUUGGUGGACGCAUCGGGUCGCAUUCCUCCACCAUGCCGAACUGGGGCAAGAGGCGACGGAUGGAUGCUGUCAGAUCAGUCAGCCUAUUAGACACCGGCAGCUCCAUUUAAGUCCGGCAUGUCAAAGUUUGCAUGUUCCUGACGCAGCAGCAUGCAGCGUGGACGGAUUAAAGGUAUGAGCAGGGUGCCUUAAACUCUGGAGCCCGUGCCAUUUACUGGUAAAGCCUCAACACACUGAGAGUGACUACAUGGAUUGAUACAUUGGAGCGGAUACAUAAACAUGGGAGACCUGGAGUGUGGCUUUGAGGAAAUGCAAGGAGUGAGAUUGGGGUACCUGCUCAUCAGAGGCAAGCAAAUGUUUGCUUUGUCUCAGGUUUUCACCGACCUGCUGAAGAACAUCCCUAGGACCACGGUGCACAAGCGCAUGGACCACCUGAAGGUGAAGAAGCACCACUGUGACCUGGAGGAGCUGCGGAAGCUCAAAGCAAUACACUCUAUAGCUUUCCACGCGGCUAAGUGCACUCUGAUAUCGCGGGAGGACGUGGAGGCUCUGUAUUUCUCCUGCAAGACGGAGCGGGUUUUGAAGUCCAACAAAAGGAAAGCGAAAGCGGCGUGUCCCCCCGGAGAUGAGAGCGCGUCCCCGGGACUCCUCGGUGCUGACGCCGAACUGUGGAAGGAAAAAGUUUUGUUUAGUUUGCACGGCGUCUCGGACACUCUGACGCUCCACGGCCAAACGGACAGGAGGGGAGAGCUGACGCCUCGCCUCGCCGACUCCAAACUACCUCAAUUUUACAGCAAACCCACCGGACAGGAGUACCGGUCGGCGACUAAGUCCAGUCACAAACACUUUAAAAACUACGAAACGGCGAAGAUAGAAGGGAACCGCGUGACUCUGAGCCAAAGGCAAUCGAUUUUCCGCAGCGCGUUGAGCCGGCAGCCGGCCGUGCGUCAUUCCGCCAUCGCCGCUCAGUCCAGGCGCUCAGCCAUCGACCUACUUCCCAAAAGGAAGAGGAGGCGCGAGGGAAGCAGGGGCAGACACGCGCACCACCACGUCCCACCGGUGCUGCUUUUGCAACCCAAAUCACCCGGAAGUCACGGGACCUCUUUCGCUUCUUUCCACCUCGGUCCAGAUUUGUACCUUGACGCUAGACCCCACCACCACCAUCACCACCAGCACCACCAUCACCACCACCAUCACCACCACCAGCCGGGAUUCCCGGAAAGCUGCAGCAGCGACACCGAGUCUAGCACCUACUCGGACCGGGCGUACCCGGACUCCGACUUCGGCUCCGGCCUCUCCAGCACCAGCAACUCCGUGAGCUCCGAGGAGGACGAGGGGGGCGAGGACGACGAUGACACGCAGUCGGAGAGUUCAGAGGUCAGCACGGACGACGAGGAGGAGGAGGAGGAGGAGGAGAGCUCCUCUCAGUCCGACUCGAGCUCCGUGUGCAGCCGCGUUUCGGUCCAGAGCAUUCGGUUCCGACGGGCCAGGGUCGGUUCUGUCCUCAAAGGUCUCAACGCUAGCAAGGCGCCGCUGGUCUUGCAGCCGACGUUUCACUACAACAACCAGCAUCAACCAGGGCGAGCACCCAGGACUACGGGCCACGCAGCCGCAUCGCAGACCGGCGACAGCGUACAGAAGUGCGAGUUCAGGCGCGUCCAACCUACACGGGACUUUGUACCCUUACAGCCACCCAGAUUCCCCUCGUCCGUCAUGGGGGAGAGGUUUUUCGCCGAGUCCAAACGGGAAACGCCAUUCGAGGCAGAUCCAAAACGGGUUGAACACGUGGACGCGCUGGCCCCCUUUUCGCGUGGCCCCAGCCGGUAUAAGGCGUUUAACCCUUCCUGCAGGACACCGGUGUGUCCCGGCAAGCGCCACCCGGCGCUGAGGGUGCAGUGGGACCGGUUAAAAGACGCCAAGGUCCCCGGGUGUGGCGACAAAAGGGAGGCGAGCAGCCUCGAACUGUCCCCUCCGCUGAAAAAAAUAAAGACCGAGCCGGAGGAGCUUUGUUUGACCGCCGUGCCCUGCUCAGACAACGGCGGCCGGGUGGCCAGGACACCGCCCUUCAACCUCCACAACGUGAAAGUUAAAGUGGAGGAAAGCUGUGAUGAAUACGAAUACCAGAGCCAGGCCACUGUAGUCAACUGUAAAGGGGAUAGGACGGAAAGCACCGCGAAACACGGAGACUUUUUCCACAGCGGGAUUAAAGCCACCGAGAAAAGCCCCGGCGUGGCCCCCAUCACCCACGAGCACAAGAGCGCGCAGGACAACCCGCGCACCGUGGAGGGGGCCCACGGGACCAAAAACUACAGGGUCAGGGCGCACGGGAAUAAGAAACCUCGAGUUCCCCGGACGCAAUCGAAACUAACGGUCGACAAGGCUGCCUUUUCCUCCGCCUCGUCCUCUUCUUCCCCGUCUCCUUCUCCGUCGUGUUCUCGUCCCACGAGCAGCGAGGAGGUGCCCGCGAAAGAUUUACCGAGCAGACGCAAACGCGCCGCGGCGUCGCCCGUAAAAACGCCUUUCAGCCUGAUUGCAAAUUUCCCUUCCCCGCCGUCGCUGGUCGUCGGCAGCGACGGGGAUUUGUGCCCCGCUUACUCCCUGAACUCGCUCCUUAGGGGCCCCGGGCCUCCCCCUCCGUCCCACCCCGUGUGGAGGUGGCAGCCGGGCGGCCAGAUUUUCCCUCCCCCACUUGCUCAGAGGACUCGGAAAUACUGAGCUGUUUUUUUUAAAAGCAAAAACACACACUCACACACACACACAUUAAACAAAAGCCCCUAUCGUAACCAUCUCCAACCCAUCUUUAGUCUUAAUGAGAGUUCGCAACUUCAUCGCCGAUUAUUUGUAUUCUUUUUUUGUGAAUGGGUUUACAAUCCGCUUUGUUUUGUUGUUGUUUUUUUUACACAAGAUCCCGUUUGAAGCCUCCGAAAAACGCCCACUGGACUACGAGACACCGCUCGUGGAUUUUUGCUUAUGUUAAAAACAAAAAAAACAGUGUUUUGAAUAAGCUAUCGACCCCCACUACGUAAUAGUUUCUCGUUUAAUGUGUUAACAUGACUAUUUUAUCUGUUCUCGACUUGUUGGAUUGAAGGUCCCAGGGUUUCAGCGGGUUGUGCUUUGUCUGGAAGAGGAAAAAAAAGUACUGAGGCUGCUCUUAAUCUAGCUGUAACUGGGAGAGAGUUUUCACUUGGCUAAUCAAAAAGUAAAGAAAAAUCAGGAUUUCCCAUCCUGUGCCAUCUGGUAUAUUGUAUAUAUCAAAGCUGUGUUUUUAUUUCCUCGUGUGUCCAAGAGAUCAGUUUCAGAGAAUUAUUAAAAAUGGGUUUAAUGCUG